CACUUAGAAACCUUGCAGGAGGUCACAAUGCAGCUAUCCUUUUGUGGGUUAAUCACAACUGUUGUGCUUUGAAAACCCAGGAUGCUAGGGCAAGCUGAUAAGAUCGACGAACCCGAGGUACUUGAAGGGGACACCCGUGAGAAAGAAGAACUAAAUUUUUCCAAGUUGCUUGAUGAAUAUAAAAUAAAAGUAGAUAAUUUUAAAUUUCACCCAAGAAGUACUUGGUCCGAUGAGCAGAAAAAAAUAUUUUGUAAAAGAUUAAGGUUACAGUUCUGCCUCAAGAAAAACGAAAAAGGUUUCCAUAUGUUGACUAAAGAAGUUAACUUAAAUCCAAAAUACUUUGAAACGACUUUUGCUAUUCAAGAAAGAAAUUGGACUAUAACAGAAAAGGAACUACUUUACAAGGGAAUAGAAACAUACGGUAUCGGUAACUUUAGCUUAAUAAGCAGACAUCUUUUACCAGAAUGGUCUCCAAACGAACUCCGGUUAAAAACAAUGGUGUUAAUUGGGCGGCAAAACUUAUCCCGCUAUUCUGGCUGGAAAGGGACUAAAGAGCUGAUUGAGAAGGAGUACCAAAAAAACAAGAGGAUCGGCAUUGAAACGAAUUGUUGGCGAGGAGGAGUUCUCGUGUACGACGACGCAGGAGUCGUUCAAAGUCUCAUUGAAAAUAUAGAGUCAAAGGAAAAUAUCGGUUAAAUUGCUUGAGAAUAUAUCUUAAUUUUG